UUCAGUUUACUCUGCACUCCACACCCUUCCGCAUUUCCCAGUUGCAGACUACAGAGGGUCACAGUACAACAGUGCAAAACAAUGACUUUAAAGCUUCUCUCAUGGAUUGUCAGUUUAAAUGCUUGCAGAAACAGCAAAUUAUAGAUUGCACCCUCUCUUCUUUUUGUCCUAAAGAAAAAGAUUCAUGCAGCAAGACCCUUAUAUGUAAUGAUAUUGUUCUAUAUGGCUUUCACUGCUAGUGACCUAUGCUGUCAGAACAAAGUGUUAUCACAGAGGAAAAUAUUUUCAGCUGAUAAUGUUCUCAGUGAAAUUAAAUUUCUACUUAUAACAGUGGUGGUCAGUUUUGGGGGCAAGCAGGCCAUAAACACAUGUGCAGUAUGAGGGCUCACCAGGAAUUAAACUUCCCAUGGCCUUUUAAGGUGCACAUGGACACCUUUCCAAAUGAAUUAUUAGGAGUGAAAAUGAGUUCAUAAUCUACAUGAAGACUUGUGCUUCUGACCCUCCAUUCCAACAAAUACAAACCACACUUCCCUUUAUACAGAGAACUACACCAAGAAGUUAACUUUUUAAAAAAAUCUCUGAGAUGAAAUUGUCAGUGGUGAAAACAAGACAAUGAGAUUUAUGAAGCAAGAUUUUGUCAUGAUGGUUUUGGGGAUUGUGGUUUAUGUAGCUGAUGUUGGAGCUGAUCUUUGGGUAGCAAAAACUUAUUUCUGUGGAGAGCAAUAUUUAUGGUGUGCUAUUAUAUUGGUCACAGGAUUUAUUUCAUCAGUAGUUGUCCAGUUUUUCAGUUACAUUUGGUUUAAAGAAGAUAAUGCUGGACAAUUGAAUUGGACCUUAUUCUUAUUACAUUUCUUGCAUGGUGGAAUAUUUACAAGGUAUUGGUAUGCACUGAAAUAUGGCUACCGUGCUGCAUAUAAAUCAAACAUCUCAGGAGAUAAAUUGAUCGAUGGUUCCACUAGCCUCAUUCAUAAAAGAGCCAUUGAUGCAAUGGCUGAUAUCAGCAUGCUCCGCCUAUUUAAAACAUACCUAGAAAGCACACCCCAGCUUAUUCUUCAAAUCUACAUCCUCAUGACCUCUGACAUUGAUGUUCGCACCUUCAGUCAGUAUUUUUCCAUCACUGUCUCUUUCACCAGCAUUUCCUGUGCAACAGUGGACUAUCAGAUCGCUUUACGGAAAUCCCUUCCUGACAAGAAUAUGUUUAGUAUGAUAUCUUCCAAAAUAACAUAUUUUUCCUACAAACUGUUGACUUUAACAUCAUGGAUACUUAGCAUUGCGCUGGUGACGGUGCUGAGCAUCAACGGUUCCAUCAUUCUCCUUGGGGUUCUUUGGCUUGGAGGUAUAAGCUGGGUGCUCAGACAACACACCUCACUUUGCAAAUCUAAAGCAGCAGAAGUUGUCUAUAGGAUCAUUGUGGGAAUCAUUCUUACAUUUACCUUUUUUAAUGUCAAGGGAGAAAAGACAAAAAUCAUUCUCUGUGUUUAUUAUGUCAUCCGGGUGCUUAUUACCUUAGCCAUAUUGUGUGCAUGUAUGUUCUGCAAAUCACUGUUUAAUGGGAAAAUUUAUCUCCUGUCUGUAAUUGCUGCAGUUGUUGCUUCUUUAGUAUUAGGCAUUGUUUCUCUUUCUGUUUAUUAUAGAUUUUGUCAUCCUAGUAUUUAUUAUGCACAAGAUGUAGUUGAUGGACGAGGAGAUGAAAGAAAUGAAACUUGCCGAAUAAGGAGAUUCCUGAUACAAUAAAAUACAAGAAAUGCUGCCUUCAACUUUUCCCUGCAUUAUUGCCUGUUCCCGUGAGUGGAUGGGAAAACUGAAUACAACAGUUUCAGUCUGUUUUUAAUGAGCUAAUUUGCUUCUCAUCAUCCUUGCUCAUCUCCAAAAAAAAUAUCCCUAAACCUGUAAAGUGGGCUUGGCUGUGAAGUAGUGAUUUCCCCAAGGAAAUCUAAAUAAUCUUUCUGACUCAGUAAAUAUUUG